AGACUAUGCAUGUUACGUGCAAGAGAGAAGAAACAAAAUGAGGCUCAGAAUACAGUGCUAGUAAUUUAAAACAUUAUACAAUUCAUAAAGAAUAAUCAUGUUAUUCAUGAAGGGUAUACUUUUGUUGUAUGUCAUUCGACUUGUCAAAGUUGUUGCGGAAAUUGCUUGGCUGGAGGACAUCAACAAUGACAAUGACAAGCGAAAUCUGGAUAUGGGACUACCAGAAAUCUUGGAAUUCAAUCUGAAACGAGACAACGGAGGUACAACCAAAUUACAGUUACAAGAAAACAAACGCGUGAGCCCAAAUGCACCAGUUUACAUAACGGUUGUGGAGGAAGGCAAACAAAACGUCGUCAAAAUAGACACACAACCUAUUGCAGGAACAAAAUAUUACUUGGAUAAGAAAACAGGAUCUGCCGUUCAGGUAUCGUGCAAAAACCAACCUUUAGGACCAUGUCAUAGAACGCUUGAAGGAAUGUUGCACAUUAAAGGUUUAGGUUAUGAAAUAAGACCGUCAUCGGGUAACCAGUCAGUGCGAAAUUACAAAACAAAUCAAUACAUUCCGCAUGAAAUUAAAAGAUUCGUCCCAACAAUCCCACAGCCAAUGCCCAAAUCGAAUGAUUCAACAAACCUUGUACUCGGACCAUUUGGAACGUCAUAUGUUCGAAAACCAGCAGAUGCGGACAUAGAGGACAAUGGAAUAUAUCAAGGCAAGAGCAGUCAGAUAAAAUUUACAAAGAAGACUCGACGGAGGAGAGAGGCUACGAAAGAGUAUACUAUUGAAAUUACCGUACUCAUUGAUCGAUUUUACUGGAAAAAAUACUUAGAUAUAAGUACCGCCAACAAUGGUAUGAACCAGAAUGAAGCAACUAUGUAUCGUAUAAGACGCCGUAUAGCAAUGAUGAUAAACGGUAUAAGUUUGAUAUACAGCAGCAUAGAUGAUCCCGAAAUUACUAUACACAUAAGCCUGGCAGCGAUCGUGUUAAAUAAGAAUAUAGACAAUGACAACACAAUUCCGACUUGGAACAGUAUAACCGUUCUAAAUGGAAUGGAAUUUAUCGACUGUGUGGUGUAUACAAACCAGCUCGCCCAAUGGAGUAAGAAGUCCGGAUUACCUGGGAAUGACCACCUUAUGCUGAUGACAGGCCUUAACUUGUUCACGGGUUCUGCAUCAUAUGGUAAUGGGGUUCUCGGAAUAGCAUGGAUCAAUGGUCUGUGUAGUGCGUAUCGAAAUUCUGUCGUCGAAGAUAUCGAUGAUUUUUUCACCUUGACAACCGUUGCUACACACGAAGUAGGUCACAACAUCGGCGCAUUUCACGAUGGAUACGCUUCUUCCACCGAAUGCACUGACAAAGACAAAUUCAUCAUGGCCCCACAUCCUAUGAUAUUUAGCAAGAAUACACCAUACACGAAAAACCCGUGGAGAUUUUCACAGUGCGCUAUUAACGCUUUUAAGACCAAUAUGGCGGUUAAAAGCAGAUGUUUGGGCAGUUCGGAUGUUAAGAUCUACGACCUGGUUGAGUAUAACAAGUUUACAGCAAUAGCCCCCGGGGAAUUAUACACAACAGACGAGCAAUGCCAGAUGAUCGUUGGCCAAUCGUCGUAUUGUUGUCAAGAAAAAGAGGAUGAGGAUGUAUGCCGAAGGAUGACAUGCUUCAAGUACAAUUGCAGAGGUUAUGUUUCUUAUACGGCAGCUAGAGGAACACCAUGCGGUGACAGGAGUCUGAAUAAGUGGUGUUUUGAAGGCCAGUGCGUUUCACGACCAGCCCCGACAACAACAACAUCUUGUGCUGAUAAUGGCUGGAAGGGAUGGACGUGUGAAAGGAUAUCUAGAUACUUCGAGGUCUCCUACUCUUACUUGCCAAGUUACUGGUGUCAAGAUGAGUUCUGGAGUUUUGCAUGUUGUGCUUUCUGUUUAUCAGCUAGUAGAAAACUGGCUGAAAAAAUCAACGCGCAAACUGAAUUACAAAAGCAGGACUGCGUGGACAAAGGGUAUCUUAGCUGGCAGUGCUCCACAGUAUCAGCGUAUUUCAUGAAACGGUAUGGAGUGAUUCCACAGAAAUGGUGUUUGGACCCGGACUGGGAAGACAGAUGUUGUGCCUAUUGCGCAAACUAUAGUGUGUAAGCAAACUGCCUGGAAUGACAAGCGUUUUCUGAUUUGACUGUGUCUGUCGUGUAAAUACAGCUGGAGAUGACGGGCAUAUUCUAAUACAUUUAUUAUCUAUUUUAUUGAAACGGAUUGUGACUGUCUCGAAAUUGUAUAUAGAACAAAAGCUUGUUGUUAUUGAAUCAGUACUAAGAAACUUAUAAUUUGAAAAGAAUCAGACAUGAAAAAGUUCUUUAGUCGUAAUUAUGUCUGUAAUAUUUUAACGCUAAUGUUUUAGAAUAAAUGAAUAUCUUAGGCCUUUAUUAUUGUCGUUUUAUAAAAUAUUAAAAUGUUGUUUAGUUCAUGAAAA